GUCGCUUCCUGGUACGACAGCGGCUGAAUGUGCAUCAAAUUUGAAGAAGAUUUACACAGUACAGACAGUGCAGGAUUUCUGGAGUGUCUACAACAACAUUCCUCCUGUGACAAAUUUGCCUCUGAGGUGUAGCUACCAUUUAAUGCGGGGAGAGAGGCGGCCGCUUUGGGAAGAGGAAAGCAAUGCCAAAGGAGGUAUAUGGAAAAUGAAGGUCCCUAAAGAAAGUACGGCUGCAGUUUGGAAAGAGCUCCUGUUAGCAACUAUUGGAGAGCAGUUUACAGAUUGUUGUGCAGCAGAUGAUGAAGUAAUCGGGGUAAGCGUCAGUGUUCGUGACCGCGAAGAUGUUGUGCAAGUCUGGAACCUGAAUGCCUCCUCAGCAAGUGAAGCAAAAGUUUUAGACAAGAUACAUAAACUUCUGCCACACACAGCCUUUAAAGUGGUGUUUUAUAAAUCACACAGAGAGCAUCAUGCUUUUGAAGGCCGACGGGGAAAACAUUAA